AAUGGUCGUCACUAUCUCUCCCAACUUGAGAUUGUACAAUAUGGUGGUCUUACCAGCAGCAUCGAGACCAACCAUAAGGAUUCGCAUCUUUUUCUUCGCAAACAGGCGGCUGAAAAGCUUGGUGAAGGACAAACCCAUCUUCUCUGUCUGAUAAAACAGAAACAAAAUUUAAAGCCUAGCUUACCAAGAAAAAAUAGAAAUAAAGUAAGAUGGAACUUGACUCACGGCGACCCGUCUCUCCUCGAUAUGCUCAUUUCCUGCAAAUUCGCUCUUAAUCGGACAUGGGUUUUUCUGGGCGUUCACCGUGCGAACCCAAUACACCGUAUCCACACUUCCGUAUUCUUCACCGAACUUUAUGAUGAUGCCGGCGAGGAAGAAGACAAUAAGGCGGAACGCAUAUUUCGAGAGAUCAAUUUUCCCUUUUCCGAUGAUUGCAGCCCCAGCAGCUCUGGGAUAGUCGGCUCUUGCAACGGCCUUCUGUGCUUAGCCUAUUCGUCCUAUCCCCGACCAAAAAUCUACCUUUACAAUCCCUUUACGACGACCUUCAAAUUGCUGCCAAAGAAUCAUCUGAUCAGUAAUGUGGAUUGUCGAGAUGAAUCCUACAAAUCCGUGUUUGGGUUCGGAUACAAUUCUUCCGCCCGGGACUAUACUGUGGUGAGUGUGGAUUAUAUGAAAAUUUCUGAACAGGAGGAGAAAACGGAUGCUUAUGUGUAUACUUUCAAGAGUAACACAUGGAAAUGGGCCAUGAAUGAGCCGGUUCAUAGGAUUGGGACAAGAUUCCCGGGAGGGGUUUUGGCGGGCGGGAGGCUGCACUGGUUUAGGGACGAUAAGUUGGGCAUUGUUUCGUUUGACUUGGCGGACAAAUUUUUCCGGAAGGUCGAGAUGGAUUUGGCCAUGAUGGUUAAAAACUCGGAUCCGCUGUCUAUGUGGAAUAGGCUCCAAAUUGCAGUUUUAGGAGGAUACCUGUCGCUUGUGGUGGACAAUCACUUGCAGAUUGUGAUUUGGGGUAUGAGAGAGUAUGGGGUGAAGGAGUCCUGGGAGAGGAUGUAUACUCUCGGACAGUCGUUUUUCGAGGAGUAUUCUUUUGUUGGUGGCUCGAAUUCUAUUCGUGUGUUGGGUCUCAGGAAAAAUGGGGAUAUUCUUCUGGCAAUCCAACUUGUCGGGUCGGUUAGCUAUAAUCCACGCGAUAGAGCGGUCAGCUGCUGUGAACAAUUUGUCGACGUUGUGAAUCACUUUUGUACCUUGGUGCCGAUAAUUCUGAUAGCUCAAGUGAAAACAGGGGAUCUUGUUUGCACCAAAAUGGAUAUCUUGAAUGUCGAAUGA